AUGAAGCGGGAGGUGGUUCGGUAUGGGUCAUUCGCGUGGGCACUGGUCAAUACACUCGGAGCGGGAUCAAUCACGGCCUACUCCUUAUACGCCCCGCUCUUUCAGCGACGUCUGCACUACAGCCAGUUGCAGGUUAAUGGCGUCUCGAUCACGGCCGAGCUGGCCAUGUAUCUUCCCGUUCCGCUAUGGGGAAUGAUGUGCGAUCGUUAUGGACCUGGGAUACCUUCCCUCCUCGCCGGCGUGUUCUUCGGGCUGGGAUAUCUGAUCGCUGCGUUUGCCUACCAAAGUGGCCCUCCUCCGUCGUUUGGAGGAGRUGGAUGGCCGUACUGGGUCAUGGUCAUAGCCUUUGUUUUCAUUGGAUCCGGAACUAGUUGCAUGUACCUCUCGGCGGUAACGACAUGUGCGAAGAACUUCGGACGCGGGAAGUACAAAGGUAUUGCUCUGGCCAUUCCCAUUGCGUGCUUUGGUCUGAGUGGCAUGUGGCAAUCUCAAGUCGGCAGCCAGCUUCUCUAUGAGCCUCUUCCGAAUGGCGGAAAAGGAGACGUUGACGUUUAUCGUUUCUUCUUAUUUCUGGGCAUUUUCCUACUUGUAUCCGGCGUUAUUGGCUUCUUUACCUUGCAGAUCGUGGGAGAGGAAGACCUGAUUGAGGAGGCGAUAGAGGAACUUGAGCAGAGCGGUUUGCUAGAGGACAGCGAGUUCUUCCACCGCGCAUCUCGUGUCCGCGAAGCUCAAAACGGAUAUGGCACACUUCUGGACGACGAUGUUGAUGAGAUUCGACGCAAAGCAGAGGAGCAAAAGGCUCUUCGUCUGGAGGAAGCGCGCAUGAAGACCUGGCUCCUCAACGCCGAAACGCGAAGAUUCCUGUCAGACAAGACGAUGUGGUGGCUAGCAGCUGGCUUCUUUCUCGUCACUGGACCUGGUGAAGCCUUCAUCAACAAUCUCGGCACCAUUAUCGACACUCUCUACCCUCCUAUAACGACUCCAGAAACGCAACAUACGACAGCCGCUACACAUGUUUCGAUAGUGGCUGUUAUGAGCACUCUCGCCCGACUCAUCACCGGUACUUUGACGGAUGUCCUGGCGCCUACGACUUCGCCCCACCAACAUCGGCGUGGGCCAAACUCGCUAGCCAACAGCAUGGUAUCCCUUCCACCUCUACCAGAACCUAAGCGCGGACUAGAAGUAUCCCGCGUCACAUUUCUUAUUUUCUUCUGCAUACUCAUGUCCAUUGGCCAGCUAUUCCUUGCCUCGGGAUUCAUACAAGGUCAUGGCGACCGCUUCUGGCUAGUUUCUGCAUUUAUCGGGGCUGGUUACGGCGCUGCUUUCAGUCUCACGCCUAUCAUUGUCAGUGUGAUAUGGGGAGUCGAGAAUUUUGGAACAAAUUGGGGCAUAUGUGCAAUGGCCCCGGCCGUCGGAGCUACGGUGUGGGGUUUGAUCUACUCUGCGGUCUAUCAAUGGGCAGCAGAUCUGAAAAUUGUGGAGGGUGCGGACAACAGUGCCGAUAAGCUAUGCUACGGCACACGCUGCUAUGCGCCUACGUUUUGGGGCAUGGCCGUAUGUGUUUGGGUGGCAUGCGGAUUGUGGUUUUAUGCUUGGCGAGGACCGGGAGGGUGGGCUCGAAGAGGAGUUGCAGUGUAG